AUGGUUGUAGAUAUUGAAGCAUUUGCGGGUAACUCCAAUACAGAGAGUGUGGUUCGGCAUGACCUGCAAAACCCGACUGUGGCCCAUUAUUUGCGCAUCAUUCCUUUAGACUGGAGUGAAGAGGGACGGAUCGGCCUCAGGUUCGAGAUCUACGGGUGCCCGUAUUGGGCAGAUGUGAUUAAUUUUGACGGCCAGGGGGUGAUCUCUUACCGCUUCAAAAUGAAGAAGAUGAAGAUUUUGAAGGACGUGAUAGCCCUGAAGUUUAAAACAUCAGAGAGCGAAGGGGUGAUUCUGCACGGAGAGGGGCAACAGGGUGACUACAUUACCUUGGAGUUGAGGAGUGGCCGGCUACUGCUGCAGAUAAACCUCGGAAGUAAUCAGUACGGCUCCAUCCUGGGCCAUACAUCUGUGACUAGCGGCAGUCUGCUGGACGAUCAUCAUUGGCAUUCUGUAGUAAUUGAGCGCUACAGGAGAAAUGUCAAUUUCACCCUUGAUCAGCAUACUCAGCACUUCCGCACCAACGGGGAGUUUGACCACCUUGACCUGGACUAUGAGCUGACUUUCGGAGGAAUGCCUUAUUCUGGGAAGCCAGUCUCAGGAGGAAGAAGAAACUUCAAAGGCUGCAUGGAAAGCAUCAACUACAAUGGCGAGAACAUCACUGACCUGGCCAGAAGAAAAAAACUGGACACUUCUAGUUUCCGCAACCUGACGUUCUCCUGCGUGGACAUACACACCUUCCCCGUCUUCUUCAACAGCACCAGCUUUCUGCAGCUGCCGGGGAGGAGGGACCACAAUAUGGUGUCUGUGGGAUUCCAGUUCCGUACCUGGAACCCCAGCGGCCUGCUCCUGUUCAGCUCCUUGGCAGAUGGAAUGCUGGAAUUGGCUCUAAACGAUGGAAAAGUCACAGCGCACAUUAACGUCACUCAGCAGAAAAACAUGCGCGUGGACAUUGCAUCAGGUUCUGGUCUGAAUGAUGGAGAAUGGCAUGAUGUUCGUUUCCUGGCUAAAGAGAAUUUUGCCAUGCUGACCAUUGAUGGGGAUGAAGCAUCAGCAGUGAGAACCACCUCGCCUGUCCAGAUCACAACAGGAAGCACGUACCACUUUGGAGGUUAUUUUUUAAGAACUAGAGCAUCUCCCAUCCAGCGCUCGUUCCAGGGCUGCAUGCAGCUCAUUCAGGUGGACGAUCAGCUGGCUGACCUCACCGCAGUGGAGCAGGGAAGGAUGGGAGCCUUCGAGAACGUCAGCUUGGACAUGUGUGCCAUCAUUGACAGAUGUAUGCCAAACCAAUGUGAACAUGGAGGCCGAUGCAGCCAGAUCUGGGAUGGUUUCACAUGUACCUGUGAUGGGACGGGAUACACCGGAGCCACCUGUCACACAUCUGUCUAUGAGCAGUCCUGUGAAGCUUACAAGCAUUUGGGAAGAUCAUCUGAUUCCUACUGGAUUGACCCAGAUGGAAGCGGACCGUUAGGUCCUUUUAAAGUCAUCUGCAACAUGACAGAGGACAAGGUUUGGACGACUGUGGUGAAUAACCUGCCGGCGCAGACAGCAGUGACUGGCUCCAGCCGGGAGAGACGAACAGUACUGCAGCUGAACUACAGUGCCUCUAUGGAGCAGGUCACAGCUAUAACCAACAGCGCUGAACACUGCGAGCAGCAAGUAGCCUACGCCUGCCGAAUGUCACGCCUACUCAACACACCAGAUGGGACGCCUUACACAUGGUGGGUCGGCCGCGGUAACGAGAAGCACUUUUACUGGGGUGGCUCUGUGCCGGGCAUUCAGAAAUGUGCAUGUGGCAUUGAGCGCAACUGCACCGACUCCAAAUACUACUGCAACUGUGACGCCGACCAGAAGCAGUGGAGGGACGAUUCUGGGCUUCUGGUUUAUAAAGACCACUUACCGGUCAGCCAAGUGGCUGUCGGGGACACAAAUCGACCCGGCUCGGAGGCCAAGCUGACCGUGGGACCUCUCUGUUGCUAUGGAGACCGAAGCUACUGGAACGCAGCGUCAUUCAACACGCCAUCCUCGUACCUGCACUUCUCCACUUUCCAAGGCGAAACGAGUGCUGAUAUCUCAUUUUACUUCAAGACCUCUGCUCCCUAUGGCGUGUUCCUGGAAAACCUUGGAAACACGGAUUUCAUCCGUCUGGAGUUGAAAUCCCCCAUGGUGGUGUCGUUUUCGUUCGAUGUAGGAAACGGGCCGGUGGAACUGAACGUGCACUCUCCUACCCCGCUGAACGAUGACCAGUGGCACCGGGUCAGUGCGGAGAGAAACACGAAAGAGGCCAUUCUGCAACUAGACCAAAAAUACAAGGAGGUCAGACCUGCACCUACACAGGGACACACACGCCUGGAGCUCUACAGCCAGCUUUAUGUAGGUGCAGCAGGAGGUCAGAGAGGGUUUCUCGGAUGCAUCCGCUCUCUGAAAAUGAACGGUGUGACCCUUGACUUAGAAGAGAGGGCAAAAGUCACUCCUGGUGUAAAACCUGGCUGUUCGGGUCACUGCACCAGUUUUGGGAUGUAUUGCCGUAACGGCGGCAAGUGUGUGGAGAAAUACAAUGGCUAUUCUUGUGACUGCUCCACCACUGCUUUCGAUGGGCCUUUCUGUUCAAAAGCCCCCACGGUGGUGUCGUUUUCGUUCGAUGUAGGAAACGGGCCGGUGGAACUGAACGUGCACUCUCCUACCUUGCUGAACGAUGACCAGUGGCACCGGGUCAGUGCGGAGAGGAGCACGAAAGAGGCCAUUCUGCAACUAGACCAGAAAUACCAGGAGGUCAGACCUGCACCUACACAGGGACACACACGCCUGGAGCUCUACAGCCAGCUUUAUGUGGGUGCAGCAGGAGGUCAGAGAGGGUUUCUCGGAUGCAUCCGCUCUCUGAAAAUGAACGGUGUGACCCUUGACUUAGAAGAGAGGGCAAAAGUCACUCCUGGUGUAAAACCUGGCUGUUCGGGUCACUGCACCAGUUUUGGGAUGUAUUGCCGUAACGGCGGCAAGUGUGUGGAGAAAUACAAUGGCUAUUCUUGUGACUGCUCCACCACUGCUUUCGAUGGGCCUUUCUGUUCAAAAGAUGUUGGUGGUUUCUUUGAGGCAGGAACACUGGUCAAGUAUAAUCUGGUACCUGAAGUGAUGGCUGCAGCUUCCAGCCUGGAUGAGAAGAGUGUUAUCCACAACCUUCCUGUCGAGACCAACCUGACAUGUGAAGACCUGACCUUCAGCUUCAGCACCUCCACUUCUCCCAGCCUUCUAGUCUAUGUCAGCUCAAAAACCCAGGAUUACAUGGCCGUGGUGCUCCGUCACAAUGGUACGCUGCAGCUGCGGUACAACUUGGGUGGUCUCAGAGAACCCUUCAGUAUUGAUAUUGACCAGAGGAACUUGGCCAACGGGCAGCCCCACACCGUCAACAUCUCGCGGGUGGAGAGAGACAUAGAAGUGCAGCUGGAUCAUUAUCCUCCCGUCAGCUACAGCCUGCCAGAAGCCUCAGACACACAGUUCACCCUGGUCAAGUCACUCUUCCUGGGUAAAGUCUUUGGUAUCAUUGCAGUGGUGAUCUUCACUAUUCUGUGCACGUUGGUGUUUCUAAUCCGGUACAUGUUCCGCCAUAAAGGCACCUACCACACCAACGAGGCCAAGGGGGGAGAGUCAUCAGAGUCAGCCGACACGGCCAUUAUUGGCACCGAGGCCAAUUUCACAGAGACCAUCGACGAAAGCAAGAAAGAAUGGUUCAUCUAA